AUGGCUAUUAGCACUGAAGAGCGUUUAUCCUCAGAACUGACCGGCCUCAGGCUCGUCGAACAACCAAACGAAUCAGUUUUCAACUCUAUUCUUCAUAUCGAUCAUGAAAACAAUAUUCAUUUUCGUCAGUAUCGAAGUGAAGAGGACCUGCGACAGAUAAUGCCUCUAAUUUCCAAGGAUCUUUCCGAGCCCUACUCGAUCUACACCUAUCGGUAUUUCAUUUACAAUUGGCCAAAAUUAUGCAUAUUGGCGUUCCAUGACGAAGAGUGCGUAGGAACCGUUGUUUGCAAGUUAGAGUGCUACACAAACAACGUGCUUCGUGGUUAUAUCGCUAUGUUGGCUGUUAAGGAUGGCUUUCGAAGAAAGGGCAUUGGAUCUCGUCUCGUUCAGCUCGCUAUUGAUCUUAUGAUUGCGGACAGGUGCGAUGAGGUUACUCUGGAAACAGAAAUUACGAAUAAGUCAGCCAUUGCCUUGUACGAACGGCUGGGAUUUUGCCGAGACAAACGGCUUUUACGGUACUAUUUGAAUGGCGUGGACGCUUUCCGGUUGAAGUUAUGGCUAACUUCGGGCGCAUCUCGUUCGCCAGGUUAAUCGUGGGUCGAUCAGAAGAAAGUGUAAUCAAGCUCGGUUACGUUCUUCCGAUCGAUAUAUUAUAUUCAUGUGACGGUUUCGCUGUGAUAUUUGAAAUAAUAAAAGCGAUACUUCCAAUCCAU